AUGGAAUUCCAGAUCUAUGUAGUGGACAGCGGUCGCACAGAAGUAAAACGCCAAAACCUUCCAAGUCUAGAGAAUAUAAGUUGGCCGGAGAGGGAAUUUCUACCUGUUCCAAUGGGUGCGCCAGGAAGUCGCCAAUUGCCCCUGGAAUCCACAUUCAGUCGUGGUCAGAUGCGCACCUUGUGGAAACUGUUCGGUAUAUUCAUAACUGCGAUGGAGGAACUCGGUUUCAGUGACCGAUGGAUGCUCUACGGUGGCACCCUGCUCGGCUCAUAUCGACACCACGACAUGAUCCCCUGGGAUGAUGACAUUGAUGUUCUUGUGGAUGUGCAGGUUAGAACCGCGCUAAGGAAAAAGAUUCACAGACUGGCACCCGACAUCCUUCUUUAUGAGGAUGAAAUCAAGGACAGGAUUUAUGCAAAGUUAAUUCAACCGAGCGAUUCAUCUCAGGACGCAAACGGCAGUCGCAAACUGAGUUACAAGAGCAACGGCUGGCCUUUCGUGGACAUUUGUUACUAUUCCUCAAGUGAGACGCAUAUACGAGAACUUGGAUGGUCUUAUGGUAAGUUUUAUAGGUAUGCAAAAACUGAUGUGUUCCCACUGCUGUUCAGACCCUUCAACAAGUAUUGGGUUCCGACGCCAAGAAGCACAUUUUCUGUUUUGCUGCAAACUUACGGCCGUGAUAAUCUUUGUUCCGGUGUAUUCUUCUCUCAUGUCUUUGAGUUACCAAUAUUUACUCGGACGGUGCGAUGCAAAAACCUGAUGGAUAGAUAUGCCUUCGUGGAACACACCCCACUCUACGACACUGUUCAGAACAAGGACGGUAAUCAGGAGGAUUUGGAUUGGGUCCGUGAGCAGCUGGUUCGAGGCGGAAAAAUCAUUCACGAAGUCCAUCUGGUUGCACCUCGGAGGGAAUUUAAUGUGGGGAAGUCUAAUACACGACCACUCCUCCAUUUUUAG